CGGGGGGCGCAAGGCUCCGCUGCCAAAUCAGCCCCGCCAUAUGGUCUGGCAGCGCCCAGAUCCACCACCACCGGCGACCGGGAGCUCGAGAUCUGACGGUGGCGAGGCCGGAGACAGAUGGGAAGCUGCCGCGCGGGCCAUGAGCGGCGCGGCCAAGGAGAAGUCGACAGGGGCUAAGGAGCCAUCUCCGCAACCCCCGCCUCCACUUCCACCGGCUGGACAAGCUGCAACCAAAAUUAUCAAUGAGAUCUGCGUCAACUGCUCCCUCCCAGGUCACUUUGCUCCUCGCUGCCCUACUAUUCGUUGUGAGAAGUGCAACAAGCUAGGUCACAUGGCUCAACUAUGCCAAACUCUGAGGCCCUGGGAAUGCGUACCUCUCAUGUGCGGAUUCCAGUCUCCUGGUCAGGGUUUUUUCUAUAUUCCUGAUAUGUGCAUCGCCAAGCAGAGUACAGAAAAAACUAACAAUGUAGUGAUCACUAUUGUGGAAGGGGUAGCAUCUGUGAAAGAGAUUGAGCAUGAAUUCAAUGCCAUCUUUGCAAAAAAGCCUGGUAAGAAGAAAUGGCGCUGUACGGCUCGUUCCAUUGGCCCUAACAAGUUUGUGAUGCGCUUCCCUAAUGCUAGUGAGGUGGAGAGGGCUUGCUGUUAUGGGAAACGUAUGCCUUUGAUGGAAGGGGCUGUGGUGGUUUGUAUUACACCCUGGACGGCAUCUAUAGGGGCAAAAGGAAUAUUAGAAAAAGCGUGGGUGAGGGUUCGUAACAUUCCUAUAGAAAAAAGAUGUGCUGAACAUGCAGCUUAUGCUGGGGCUUUGGUGGGGAUAACACUUGAGGUUGAUGAAUCUACAAUUCAUAAACCUGAGUAUGUCAGGAUCCUGCUGGGGUGCAGAGAGGUGGAAAGAAUUCCCCCCUCGGCCGAAGGAAUGCUUGGGGAGCAAUAUUAUGAUUUCUUUUAUGAAGUUGAGAAAACUGUAACAUCAGGGGCUAGCAAGGCCCAGUCCUCUAUUGCAGUUGACAGCAGUGCAUCUCCUUCCUUCCCCAAGAAAGCCAGGAUGGGAUCCUAUCCUGCUGAUUCUAUGGGGCAGGGGGAAACAAGUGCUUCCAUGGUUGGUACAUAUUCAUCUCAAAAUUAUGACAAAGGGGGGCAGAGGUUGGCUGUAGUGGCUGAAAGUGAAGAAGAAGAAGAAAGUGAUGAUGGUAAUCAUACUGAACUGCUUAUUGAAACCAUGGCUAGAGAGCAUGCUGAUGAGAAAAUGGUUCAUUGUGACCCUCUUAAUGGGGGCGUUGUUUGUGGAAAAAAUCAAGAGGAGAUGGGGAAAGAUGAGAUGGCUGGAGCUCUCACCCAUGAUGUCAGGGUUCAAAAAGGUGCUUGGGGAAUUUUGACUCCUAUUCCUCCUUCACCCCUCUAUCUCCAAUAUGAAGACACAACUUAUGGGGGUGUUAUCUCUCCUCUGGCAGAUUAUGUCACAUGGCCAUCCCUUCCUCAUAUUGUUCCUCUUGAGGAAGGAUCUAUGGAAGGGGGAGAGAACUACAGUUCUUACACAGUCGAGUCCCCAUCGGGGUCACCAAUUCAGGAUAAAAUGGUGGGUGAGGAAUAUGCACCACGGAGACAGAUGCAGAAGCUGGAAAAAAUAGAGGAGGUGGCCACCAACAGGAUGAGGAAGCGAGACGCAGAAGGUUUGCUCAAGGCAGAAGACAAGGUGAAGCUUCAGGAUGGCGUGAAGAGAUUGGCGCACGCGGCUGCUGUGCUGGCGGACAGGCCCUUUCCUCGAGACAGGCUCCGGUUGGGCGACAGGGAUGGAAUCCAGAUUGGUUAGCUGGAGUUCGAUGCUUUGAGUUCCCUUGUUUGGUAAUAUCAUCCACUGGGGUUUGAUGCCCGCUGGACUUCUGUCUCUUGGUCUUAUCUGGCUAGGCGUGGAGACUUACUGGUAGUUGCUUCUCUGGAAAAAUAGGUUAUCCUUAGUUGGGUUUUGGCUUGCCUGUGUCAUCAGGUUUUUGCCCCAUGGCAGAUGGUCCGCUCGAGGAUCAUCACGCGGUGGGUUUCCUGAUGAUGCACCAGCUCGCUCCUCCCCCUUUCAGGCUCAUUAUGCUUUUGCAGUUAGUUGUAGCCUUCGGGUUAGUCCCAUUUAGUUCGAGUUAUCAUUCUGGUACUUUGAGCAAAAAUGUUGGA